AUGGAUCUGCCUCUCCAUCCGCAGUGGACCAGCACCAACGACUACGUUGAGUCUCUCCUUGGUUUCGUUACCGCUUCCGCAUUAUUUCAAAACCUAUGUGGCGGCGUACAUGUGCUCGACUUUCUCACCAGAGAACCUGACAUCUAUGCUUCUGUGCUGCCACAAGAAUGGCGAGAAUGGUUCGAGGAGAUCGAUGUCCACGACUUGCUACAGAUUUUGCUGAGGACAGAGAUAGGGGAUCAGCAGGACGAUGGCGAGCUACGUGGAGUGGAGGGUCAGCUGUUGACUGCUAUUCCCGAGAGUUUGAGAGAAUACAUAUUUCGUGUCCGCAUACACACUUUGCAGCGAGAAUUUUCUUCAGGUAGGAAUCAAAAUACCUCCCCUGAGGGCAGCAGCAGCAGCAAUCACCUCCCCAUGCCACGCCAUGUUUCUGUUGGUAUGAAGCCGAAGAAGAUGCAUGAAGUAUCCAACUUCGCGUCGUUCGUUGCAAGCCUUUCGAGAUCUCUGGAGAAGCCCAUUCCUACUCAAGCAGGUUCAAGAAGCGGAACGGCAGACCUGAAAGUGGUCGACUUCGGCUCAGGACAGAAUUACUUGGGUCGCACGCUGGCAUCGCCGCCUUACAACCGGCAUGUCAUCGCUAUUGAGCGCAAGCACCAUAAUGUGGACGGAGCGCGCGGAUUGGACAUCCAAGCCAAGCUUGUCAAGAAGGAGAAGAUUAUGCGCAACAAGAAGGAGUAUAAGCGGCAGCUGGCAGAGAUGGCUUCUGGGAUGAAGUCGAACGGCAUUCUUACCCCACCGCCUUCAGAUCUUGAAGUCGACUCGAAACCUCCGCGGCUCUCGACCGGUUCUGAGCACGUUGAACCUCAUGACAACAUCGCAAAUCACAAGGAUUCGGAGUCGGACCCCGAAAGGGGCUCAAUGACACAUAUCGAACACGACAUAUCCUCCGGCGAAAUUGAAUCCGUCGUUUACUCAGACUUGCUCAACGAGGCACAGAGAGAUCCGUUGAUGACGGUCUCGCUUCACUCGUGCGGCAAUCUCACCCACCACGCCCUACGAUCAAUCCUCAACCCAUCAGUGCGCUGCGUUGCCGCCAUAGGCUGCUGCUACAAUUUGAUGACAGAGCGGCUCGGGCCUGCGACAUACAAGCACCCAGAGCUACAUCGCUCAUUGCACCCACGACUCGUGGCGACAAGCACGGCUUACGACCCGCAGGGCUUUCCAAUGAGUCGGAGGUUGGAAGAGUAUACGUGGACUUCAACAGCGGAUGCCAAGAGUGAAGAUACCACUCACAGCGACGAGGGAUCUUUAUCACCCAGGGAAGGAAGAGGCAUCCGCAUGAACAUCACUGCCCGAAUGAUGGCCGUUCAAGCACCCGGUAACUGGGGUCGAGAGGACAGUGAGAUGUUCUUUACUAGGCACUUCUAUCGUGCGCUGCUGCAGAAAAUCUUGCUGGACUGUGGUGUGGUCAAGCAGGGCAGAGCUACGGUCGAGGUUGAGGAACGUCCUGGGGCAGACGAGGCUAACACACCACUGAUAGUCGGCAGCCUUCGUAAAGCCGCUUUCGACAACUUCGAAGCAUAUGUCAAGGCCGCAUUGGGCAAGCUGAUUGCGAAUGAGGAAGCAGAUGCUCAGAUUGCGGGCAAGAGUAUAAUCAAAGCCAAGACUGCCCAUCUGACCUCCGAAAUGAUCCAGCAUUAUGAACGAGAAUAUGCUCAUCGGCGGAAACACCUUGCAGUGAUGUGGAGCUUGAUGGCGUUCAGCGCAGGCGUCGUCGAGAGUCUGAUUGUGCUGGACCGGUGGCUGUGGUUGAAGGAGCAGAGCUGCGUUGAGCGGGCGUGGGUGCGGACUGUGUUCGACUAUGGAAUGAGUCCGAGGAAUUUGUGUGUUGUUGGGAUGAAGCGGAAGGACGUCGGUGGUGGGGAGGGGUAG